AUGGCGUCUGAUGUUCAGAGGAACAGGGCCAAAGGAGCGCAGGCAAUAGCCCCAACAACGCUCCCAGGAACGCUUCCCUACGCCUUGCGCCCGCUGUUGCUGGAUGUUCCCUUGUCAGCUGACGGAAGAAAUGAGAAUGUCAAAAUAAACUGCGUUGAGUAUUAUGACGGCAAUCUCUAUGUCGGCACCAGCGCUUCGGAGCUUCUCCAUUUCUUUAGAAUACCCCCAGAUCCCCAGGAUCCCAACGGACAAUCAGCCUUUAUUCUCGCCUCUCGUUUGCCCCCAGCCUACUCCGAGAGCUCCAAUAGCUCGCGUCCCGGUGUACAGCAGAUCCUCCUCCUGCCCCGUGUCGGGAAAGCAUGUGUCCUGUGUAACUGGACCGUCACCUUCUACUCACUACCCGAACUAAGUCCAGUGUUUGGAACGACCCAGGUCCGAAACUGCAGCUGGAUCGGUGGCGUGGACUUGAAUGAGGGCGUGGUUGGCGUUGGGAAUGAUCGGUCUGGCGUGACUAUCCUGCUCUCCCUGAGCCGCCGCAUCCAGGUGGUCAGGAUAGGCGAAGAGGAUGCACGCGUUAUUAGGAAAAUCGAUUAUGCCGGAAGCACGCUCACUGUGCGUCGGGAUUCGAUCGCCUGUGUAGCCGAUGCGAGAAGCUACGCCUUGCUGGACAUCGAUCGCCAGCUCAAGAUCCCGUUGAUGAGCAUCUCAUCAUUGGACGAGCCGCAGCCUGGUAGUGUGUUUGGUCAACCACAGGAUAUUGCGACUGCCGCUGGUGGCAGCUUGUCCAGGAGUUCAUCAUCAGCGACAGCUCACCCGCCAUCUCACGUCCACUCCCAUUCUAGAAGUACAAGUUUUGGUGACUUUAUCUCUGGCAUGAGGAGACCCGACAGGAGACCGAGCGAGCCUGAGGAACCAGUGUUCCAAGCCCCUGACGCCCCUACGCCCUCGCGCAGUCCUGCCCCAGCAGACAAGCCUUUGCCUGCCCCUCCCCGAGACGGCGCCGACCCGUCACCUCCUCAGGCUACCGGUUCUGCCCCUCCGCGCGCCGGUACCCCUCCGGUACGAGCGACGCCAUCGCCGAAGCCAGGAUCAGCUCCCUUAAAGCCACACAUCCUCUCACCAACACCGGAAGAGUUCCUCCUAGUAACGGGAACAACACCUCUUGACCCAGGAAUAGGCAUGUUCGUCAAUCUCGAUGGUGACCCUACUCGCCCGACACUCGAGUUCGCUCGGUACCCCAAAGAGAUUGUGGUCGACAAUAAUGCCAACCCCCCUUCAACACCAGCCUCAUCACGUCCUCCUCAAGUCGAAGAGAGCUUUGUGCUUGCUUCCAUGACCAGGGACUUCGAAGAUGGUACUCAUCAUGGGCUUGAGAUUCAACGUUUCGAUGCCAGCGUGGGUGAAGAUGAGCCGGAGAAAUGGUGGCUGGAUAUUUGUGAUAUGAGCUCCAAGAAGCUCCCUACCAACACACCAGUCGGUGUCCGUCUGCUUCUACAGAGCGAGGAGGUAGUGUUCGACGACGUGGUAGAUCGCUUGUCCCAGCGUCGAUUCACCCCGUUCAAGGGGCCGCCGGAGACCCCAACAGCGUCUCUGAAGCGCACAGAUUCUCGUACGGCCUUGUCCUUAAGAAGGCUCUCAGAGGAACAGCAGCUCUUCGAUCAGUCCGAUGACGAGACUCUGCCCCCUGGGUGGGAAGAGACGAGGAAUCAAGAAGCAGAGGAGUUUGUGCGGCAGUUGGCGAAAACUUCAUCGCGUCUAGCCAUCUGGGCUGGACCUGACAUCUGGUGGGGUGUGCGAAACCCUCUACUUCUUCAGCUGGAUGCUGUUCUCGACUCUGCUGCUACCCAGCCAGGUACGGUCGAGUCACGGCACCAACUGCUGACCCUGUUGGAGUCCAUCAGAGAUCGAGAACCCACCACCGAGCUUGAGUUCAUGACACUUGGUUACGUCAGACAAAAAGCAAGUGUAAUGCUGCUGGCUACGUUCCUGAACUGUCCCGAACCACCGUUCAGCGACCUGGAGCGACAAGCCAUGGAGGUUAAUCUUCUCAACGGAGACUUGGACCCGCGAGUCGUCCUAUCCCUGAUUCCCGCUCUUCGUAACGAAAUCGUGGUGAAGACCAGAGGUAUAUGGAUCUACGGUGGGGUCAAGACCCUCGUUGACAGCUACAUCGCCAUGGGGUCGGAAGAGGUGGUCACACCCUCGAUCUGCACAUUGUCUCCUCCCGUUCUGCAAUUCCUUAGACGCUUCUUGCUGGCCUGGCGGAAGAAGAAAGGUUUUGGUAGCAUCUCGGACGAGGUCUUCCGGACGGUUGACGCAUGUCUGUUGUUGGUCCUACUCGAGCUUGACAAGGACACUCCUCCCGGUCAGACGGGAAAGCCAGGUACGGUCAGGAAGGAACUGUACGACCUGGUCGACCAUGGAGUAGACUGCUUCGACCGGGCAGUCAGCCUGCUCGAAUCGUAUCACCGUCUCUUUGUCCUCAGCCGGCUAUAUCAACAUCGCAAGAUGAUCGCAGACGUGUUGGCAACAUGGAAGCGUAUCAUUGAGGGAGAGGAAGACAAAGGCGGCGAACUCGGCGAUGGUGAACUGCGCCUACGCAACUACCUCUCUAAUAUUAGCAACCAGGCGCUGGUGCAAGAGUAUGGUCUAUGGCUUGCCAGUCGCAACCCUAAGCUUGGCGUCCAGGUCUUUACGGACGAGAAGAGCAAAGCCCCCAAGUUCCAACAUUCUCAAGUUGUUGCUCUUCUCCGGGCUGAAGCCCCUGGGGCGGUCAAAUACUACCUAGAGCACCUCGUCUUCGGCAAAGGCAACACAUCCUACGUCAACGAGCUCAUCACAUAUUACCUGGACAUUGUGAUCGCCGACCUACAAUCCUCGCCGGUGUCGUGCGAGAAUAUUGCUGCCUCAUACGAUACCUACCGAGCUCUGCAACCCCCGAAACCGACUUACCUCCGCUUCCUCACCGACAACGCCCCACCCGACAACGAGGCCUGGCAGGCCCGUCUCCGUCUGCUCCAGCUCUUAGGCGGCGGCCACGACUACGAUGCCGAUGCCAUCCGCCAGCGGAUCGACACCCUCACUUUUCCACUUUCUGCCAACAACGACGAUCAACAACCCCAACAAACCGACUCCUUCACCUUCACAAGCCACCACCCGUCCCACCUCCUCGUUCCCGAAGCCAUCAUCCUCGCUGCGCGUGCCUCCAACCACGCCACAGCCCUCCAUCUCCUGGUGCACCGCCUAGGCGACUACGACACAGCCGUAUCCUACUGUCUCCGCGGCAGCGGUGCCCUGCUCCCCGCAACAACCGUCCACACAGCUACAGGAGGCCCAUCCGCAUCAGUCCAAAAAGCACUCCCGCCCACUUGGGCAGACCAAUGUGCCCUCUUCAACACACUCCUCCGCUCUCUCUUGUCUCUGCCCGACGAAGGCGGCGAGCGUCUUGCCCAAACAAGUGCCCUGUUGGAAAGGUUCGGUGCGUGGUUUGAUGUGCUUGAGGUGCUACCUCUGCUGCCGGAUGAAUGGCCCGUGGAGAGCGUGGCUGAGUUUUUGGUGAGUGCGUUGAGAAGAUUGGUGGCUGAACGGAGGCAGGCGGAGGUAGAGAGGGCGAUGAGGGCUGUGGAGGGGUUGAGGGUUGGUGCCGAGUUUGUGGAGGUUGUCAGGGAGAAAGGGGCGGUUGUUGUGGAGGAGGAUGGGGUUGAACAGAGGGUGCGGAUCGAAAGUUAA